AAACCAAGUCCAGCCAUGGCUUCGAAUCAACAAGUGAAGCUUUUCGGAAUCGUAGGAAGCCCAGUUGUGACGAGAGCAGAGAUUGCUCUGAAACUCAAGGGAGUGCAAUAUGAGUACGUUCAUGAAUCCUUGACUAACAAGAGCGAUCUUCUUCUCAAGUACAACCCAGUUCACAAGAAGGUCCCUGUGCUUCUUCACAACGAGAAGCCCGUCUGUGAGUCUCUUGUGGUCGUUGAAUACGUCGAUGAGGCUUGGACUGGCUACCCCAUCUUGCCUUCUGAUCCUUAUCAAAGAGCCCUGGCUCGUUUCUGGUCGAAGUUCAUCGAUGACAAGUUGUUGCCCGCGGUAUUUAAAGCAGCGUUCAACCCAGACGUGAAGGAGAGGGAAAAGGGAGCUGAAGAAGCAAGAGAGGCUCUGAAAAUUCUGGACAACGAGCUGAAAGGGAAGUUCUUUAAUGGAGAUUCAAUUGGGUUUCUGGACAUCGCUGCUCUGUUCAUCGCUUUCUGGAUGCCGAUAAUUCAAGAAGCUGGUGGGCUUGAUCUGUCCAGUGCUGAGAGAUAUCCAAAGCUAGAGAAGUGGGGUCAAGAGAUUUUGAAUCACCCAGUUGUGAAAGGAGCUUUGCCUCCCAGAGAACAUCUCCUCGCCUCCUUCAAAACUCGCUUUCAGAGCAUCGCUGCUUCAAAUUUACAAGAAGUGAAGCUUUUCGGAACCGUAGGAAGCCUAUUUGUGACGAGAGCAGAGAUUGCUCUGAAACUCAAGGGAGUGGAAUAUGAGUACAUUCAUGAGUCCUUGACCAACAAAAGCGAUCUUCUUCUCAAGUACAACCCAGUUCACAAGAAGGUCCCUGUGCUUCUUCACAACGAGAAGCCCAUCUGUGAGUCUCUUGUGGUCGUUGAAUACGUCGAUGAGGCUUGGACUGGCUACCCUAUCCUGCCUUCUGAUCCUUAUCAAAGAGCCCUGGCUCGUUUCUGGUCUAGGUUCAUCGAUGACAAGUUGUUGCCCGCGGGAUUUAAAGCAGCGUGGAACCCGGACGUGAAGGAGAGGGAAAAGGGAGCUGAAGAAGCAACAGAGGCUCUGAAAAUUCUGGAAAACGAGCUGAAAGGGAAGUUCUUUAAUGGGGAUUCAAUUGGGUUAGUGGAUAUCGCCGCUCUGUUCAUCGCUUUCUGGAUGCCGAUAAUUCAAGAAGCUGGUGGGCUUGAUCUGUACCGUGCUGAGACAUAUCCCAAGCUAGAGAAGUGGGGUCAAGAGAUUUUGAAUCACCCAGUGGUGAAAGGAGUUUUGCCUCCCAGAGAACAUCUCCUCGCCUUCUUCAAAACUCGCUUUCAGAGCAUCGCUGCUUCAAAGUAGAUGAUCCCAAAAAUUACCCAUAAUCCAGCUUCGAUUUACUUAAUCAUCCGGUGUAGUGAUUGAGACUUGGAAUAAAACACGUGUAACUAGGCUUUUCUCUUGCAAGGGAACCUGACUGUUCUUCGGUUUGGGUU